AUGGCGAAUCCGCAUCAACCCGGCUCGCCGAACAUCCAGACAGACCCCAGUGCCCUCCCGUGGUUCAGCCGGGGUCGCUCAUAUGCCUUUGUCGCCUCGGGAGCCAUCAGCUACGAAGCCCCGGGCCCCUUCUCCCACCUCCUCAACCCCGUCCAGGACGGUGCCGACGGCCAGGCCCACGACGCCUACACUGCGGACGCGCGGGACGGGGCAGAACAAAACGGCGGUCCCCCGACACCAUGGAUGAUGAGGUAUCCACAGCUGCCCUCCUACUCGAGGGCGUUUGAGCCUCUGAUGCGCGGGCACCCUUCGGACGGCCUCUUUAGCAUGACCGCCAACAACAACACGUUCUUCACGCCAUCCUACCUGCAGGACUCGGCGUACGCACAGAAACUAGAGGAGGUCCAUAAGAAGAGGCUAUCGGCACAGAGGGACGCGCAGCAGGCUGGCGGGCUGGCGAGCAGCGGGAGCAGCCUCAGCCUGCACGGCAGCAAACUGGCGCCGGCCACGCACAGGGGCAUGGCCUUCGAGGUCGUCGAGAAGCCGCCCCCGUUCGAGGAGCAGGAGGGCGUGGCGGCCCUGCCGACGAGGUGGAACCACUUUGACAAGCACCCGAGCCUCGAGGUGCUGUCCGACGGCCUGGAGAUCAAGUACACCGGGAGCCGGAGCUCGAGCGACCGGGACCACGAGGCGUACGCCAUCCGGGCGAACCACUACAUGCCGCCGCAAUGCGGUCUGUACUACUUUGAGGUUACAAUAUUGAAGAAGUCCAACGAUCAUAUACACAGGUUACUGACUGUCGCCGUCUGGUCUAGGACUACUAUCGGUAUCGGCUUCAUGGACGGAUCGGUCACACUGACACGAGCACCUGGAUGGGAACCUAACUCGUGGGGCUACCACGGCGACGAUGGUAAUGUCUUCGCGUCGCAGAAUGUAGGCAAGCACUACGGCCCGACGUUCACUGCCGGCGAUGUCAUCGGCUGCGGCGUCAACUUUAGGACUGGUACCGCCUUCUACACCAAGAAUGGGCAGCAUCUAGGUGUUGCUUUCCGCGAUGUCAAGGGCUCGAGCUUGAAGCUCUUUCCCACCGUGGGUCUCAAAAAGUCUGGGGAGCAUAUCCGGGUCAAUUUUGGCCAGACUCCCUUUGUGUUUGACAUUGAUCGUGUGAUGAAGGCAAGUCAAGCCAUUCUUUAUAUCAUACUCAUUCACAUAUCACUUUAG